CUUCGUUUCCUCUCUCUCUCUCUCUCUCUCUGUUUCUGUCUGUCUCGAUCUCAACCGGCUUCGCUCUCCACCUCUCUCUCUCUCCCUCUUUCAAUCGAUCUCCGGGCGAGGCCACUGGAUGUUCACCGAUUUCCCUAUUCAUCAGCCUCCCUUCAUCCUCCCGGCGGUCUUCACCAUCGGCCCGCGCGUCGACAGCGACGAGGCCCUGCUCAAGUUUGCCAAGCUUAUCUCUCCCCAUGACAAGCAGUCGAACCACGUCGUCGAGCUCGUCCAGGGCGUCGUCGAGGGCGAGACCCGCGUCCUCGCUGGGUCGAUGACCAUGGAGGAGAUCUUCAAGGGGACUAAGGAGUUUAAGAUGGAGGUUUUCGAUAAGGUGCAGUUGGAGUUGGAUCAGUUUGGGCUUCAUAUUUACAAUGCCAAUUUUAAGCAGUUGGUUGAUGUGCCUGGGCAUGAGUACUUCUCUUACCUUGGGCAGAAGAUCCAGAUGGAGGCUGCUAAUCAAGCCAGGAUCAAACCAACAUUGGUGAUAGAGGCAUUAACCUGAGUGGUAGGCGGAAGCAACGUGUGCAACUUGCCAGGGCACUUUAUCAAGAUGCAGACAUUUAUUUACUUGACGAUCCCUUCAGUGCUGUUGAAGUGUUGAUGCACACACUGGGUCCGAACUAUUCAAGGAAUUCCUAAUGACAGCGCUAGCCACGAAGACUGUGAUUUUCGUAACCCACCAAGUUGAAUUUUUUCCUGCUGCUGAUAUGAUACUGGUAUGGAUUCAUCUUUUGGUCUAUUCUGCAUAUGGUAUGUUGUAGAAGAUUUAUGGUGAUAUGGACUUCUUAUGACGUGUAAAGUCUUAUCAUAGCAAGGUUGCCUUUUUCUAUAUAAAAAAGUU